AUGCCGAAAGCAAAGCAAAAGCGCACAAAGGCCGUCGACAGCAAUGCCUCUCCCUAUGCUCGCCCAACUUCCGCAAAAGCCUCAGCUGCGCACUCAAUCUUCAAGAUGGACAAAGAUCUUGGUCAACAUAUCCUCAAGAACCCUGGUGUCGCCACCGCCAUUGUCCAGAAAGCACACUUGAAGCAAAGCGACCAUGUCCUCGAGGUCGGUCCCGGAACAGGCAACCUGACAGUCCUCAUCCUCAAAGCCGCCAAACAAGUAACAGCCGUGGAAAUGGACCCCCGAAUGGCCGCCGAGCUCACCAAGCGUGUACAAGGCAGUCCCGAGGAAAAGCGUCUCACAAUCCGCUUGGGCGAUGUAAUAAAAGCCGAGCUACCACGGUUCGACGUCUGCAUAAGCAACACGCCCUACCAAAUCUCCUCGCCCUUGGUUUUCAAGCUCCUUGCUCUGCAGCACCCACCCCGCUGCUGCAUACUCAUGUUCCAGCGCGAAUUCGCUAUGCGCCUCUUCGCGCGGCCCGGCGAAAAGCUCUACUCUAGACUCUCCGUAAACGUCCAAAUGUGGAGCAAAGUCAGCCACGUAAUGAAAGUCGGACGCAACAACUUCAACCCCCCGCCACAGGUAGAGAGCAACGUCGUGCGCAUCGAGCCCAAGAACCCACGACCACAGAUUGCAUACGAAGAGUGGGACGGUCUGCUACGCAUCUGCUUCGUGCGCAAGAACAGGACGCUGAGGGCGAGUUUCCUGGGUACGGCUGCGGUGUUGGAGUUGCUGAGCAGUAACUACCGUCUCUGGUGUGCUCAGAACGAUAUUGAGAUUGAUGAUACGCCCAUGGAUCCUUCCGAGAUCACCGAGGAUAACGAGGAGACGAUGGACGUCGACGAUGAGUUCAAGGGAUUUUCUGAUCCGGAUGACCCCGACGACGAACUCCCAGACUUCUUCAAGCAACUCCAGGCGGAGAGCAAGAAGAGGCAAAAUGGUGUGAAUAGGAAGAAGAAGGGGAGACUGAGUGAGCUAGUCAGGGAGAAGGUGAGGAAGGUGCUCGAGGAUGAGACGCAGUUGGCGGAUAAGCGUGCGAGGUUGUGUGAUGAGGGUGACUUUUUGAAGCUGUUGUAUGCAUUCAAUCAGGAAGGCAUCCAUUUUAGCUAG